AUGGAUACCAGAUUCAACUCCAUGUCAUAUCAAUUUGUCACAAAAUAUACCACAGCAAGUUCCGUACGACAAGUUUCAUUUGGAUGGAUAGAUGCGGAUGUUCACAUUCAGUUAAGCAAACGCUAUUCAAACGUUGAGCAACUUGGCGAGGGAGGCCAAGGUAUGGUUUACAAAGUGUUCGAUCACAGGUCCAAGAAAAACAUUGCACUAAAGGUUUCCAAGACAUCUGACUUGAAUUCUGCUAUUGAUGAAGUGAUGACUAUGGCAAAACUGACACAUCCACAUAUUGUUCCUACGUAUUAUGCCUUUCCAGUUGGAGUUGACACCAUUUGCAUUGAGAUGGAAUUAUUGAAAGGGAGUUUGAAACAGGAGUUCAUAGAACGGAAAAUCGUGGUACCUGAGAAAAUAUUAACCCAAAUUAUUGAACAGGCAUGUUUGGCUCUCAAAUAUUUGCAUGAGGAUAGAAAAGUGUUGCAUAGAGAUGUUAAACCCAUGAAUAUUCUUGUGAAAGAAUAUGAAGCUGAGAAACAAGAAAUUAUUAUCGCGUUAGCUGACUUUGGACUAGUUAAAUCCAUCAAUAAUCUUACCAAUAACACAGACAAAGUAGGAACUGCAGAAUUUAUGGCUCCCGAAUUGCUGGCCAACGAACAAGACAAGUUUUCUUCUGCAAUAGAUGUUUUCGCUUUGGGUGCAACAUUGUACCAGUUGAUGACCUUGGACGAACGCACAACUCUAGGUGUGCUCAUGCAGGAACUAAAUAAGGAAGAAAAUCCAGCAAUGUCAUUCGUGAGACUAUUGGCACAAAAAUCAGAAAGACGUUAUUCAGCAGGGUUAAUGAAAUUAGUUUCCGAGAUGCUACGUCUAAGGGCAAGCCAAAGAAUAUCAGUUCAAAACAUUCUUACAAAAAUCCAUGAUCCGAAAAAAAACUAA